AUGAACCGCUCUUUCCAUGAGUUCUUGGAUACGUGUGUGGUUGUCUUCAUUGACGAUAUCCUGGUGUACUCUAAAAACGAAGAAGAGCAUGAGAAGCAUCUGAGGUUGAUCUUGAGUAUUUUGAGGCAACAGAAAUGGUUUGCGAAGUUUUCCAAAUGUGAAUUCUGGCUUAAGGAGGCGUCGUUUCUAGGCCAUGUCAUCGGCGAGGAUGGAGUUAUGGUAGAUCCUUCCAAGAUUAGAGGUGUGGUGGAUUGGGAAAGUCCUAAGAAUGUUUCGAAGAUCCGAAGUUUCCUAGGCCUUGCUGGUUACUAUCAGAGGUUUGUUAAGGAUUUCUCAAAGAUAGCUUAG